CACGCAGCUGAGAAUCACGUGAAACGUUUGAGUGCAGCUAUUUCAAAGCACUGCUUUCUGUCUUUUUGCAGUGAAAUUUAACGCUAUUAGUCUUGAAAUUGAACUUAAAUCUGCUGGGAGUCUGUAAAAUCCAACAUGGACGAGGACGGGCUGCCUAUUGUCGGCUCUGGAGUCGACCUCACCAAGGUUCCUGCUAUACAACAAAGAAGAAUUGUUGCCUAUCUCAACCAGUUUGUCGUGCACACCGUCCGGUUCCUUAACCGCUUUUCCACAGUUUGUGAAGAGAAACUUGCAAACAUAUCUCUUCGCAUCCAGCAGAUUGAGACCACAUUGUGCAUUUUGGAGGCCAAGCUGUCCUCCAUUCCUGGACUGGAGGAUGUCACAAUAGAUGGACUCAGUCAGCAGCAAACUGCACAGGCCAAUGGACCCACAACCACUAAUCAGAGCCAAACAGAUGGUCCAGCAGCAGGGAUGCUGCCUCCUCCAGAGCCGGCUCAGAGUUCACAAGAAGCUGCACCGAUGCAAACAGCAGAAGCAGCUGUGAAUGAGAAUGUCAUGACAGUGGCCAAGGACCCACGCUAUGCCCGAUACCUGAAAAUGGUCCAUGUGGGGGUUCCAGUGAUGGCCAUCAGGAAUAAAAUGGUCAUGGAUGGUUUGGAUCCCAACUUGCUCGACACACCUGACGCUCCUGUUCCCGACGGUGGAAUGAAGAGCGCAGAGGACCAAGAUGUCGCAGCUACCAGCUCUGACAGCGAAUCAUCUUUCAGUGACUGAAACUGCAAAGCUCCCCCUAAAUCUCAUUCAUCGCCAUCUUCACUUCUUCAGGCCCGUAGUGAGGAAAGUGGCAGAGUGCCUGUAACGGACAGAAGGUGCCUGAAACAGCAAAAUCCAACCUAAGUGAUUGUAAUUUCAGUGUAAAAUCGCUGAAGUGGCUCUGCUGUUGGUCAGCCAGUGACCUUGAUUUCGAUACGUCAAAGAGGGAAUCAUUCGUCCUCUUGAUCACGUGAGCAGAAGUCCUCAGAAGAUGGCAGUAGCAAGUAGUUUUUCUACAAACCAAAUCAUAUCAUAUAGUGGUUGGAGGUCUGCUGUGGUAGUUUGACCACCAUCACUGCCUUUAACAGACACAACUCAUCUCUUAGUAGCUCUGUGUGUUUUUACUUCAGGCUCCAGAUAACAGGAAAAACAUAUAUGUUGAACUUGCAUUGUAAUUGUCAAAUUAGCAGUUGUAGCUGGCAUCCUGGAGCAGUUUGACUUUUGAUCUGCCACAGAAUGCUUGAAAUACGUUUUAUUUUUGAAACGGCAUAUGUGUUCAGAUAUGUCCAGACAGCAGUAAAACAGUUCACGUCUCAUUACAGGGUAUUGUGAACAAGUUGCAGCAGCCUCAAAAGCCUUUUACUUUGUGUAAACUUUGUUGUAUUAUUCUGUGAAUUUAAUUUAAUAUCGCUUUUGUUUUCCUAGAAUUAAAGCUAAGCACAAUAACCCAGAAACACAGAGCAGAAAGAUGCUUUUAGACUUUAUUGGAGGGCAACAAUUUAUUAAUGAAAUCUGAAUACUUUAUGAAGCUGCUGCAUGAGUCUUAAUGUUAAAUACUUAAAAAAAAUCUUUAUUUGUUAAAAAUGAAAGACAAGAAUAAAUCAUAUUGUAUAGCCUG